UAUAUCAACCACCACUAACCUACCUCACUGCCUCCAUACAUACGUACAUUAGCAUCUUCCUUCCAUUCAUCCAUCGAUCACUUGCAGCACCGUUCUUCAACAACAAUGGUUUCAGCCACAGCUUCUCCCCCACAGUUCAAAGAAGUUCCGACGUCCGGCGAACGGGCUAGAAACGCGAAAUGGUGGUACUCGACUUUUCACACCGUGACGGCAAUGGUCGGCGCCGGAGUCCUCAGCCUGCCUUACGCCAUGGCCUACUUAGGAUGGGGUCCCGGGACCUUGGUGAUGGUGGUGUCGUGGUGCAUCACGCUGCACACGAUGUGGCAGAUGGUUCAGCUCCACGAGUGCGUCCCGGGCACCCGGUUCGACCGGUACCUGGACCUGGGCCGGCACGCCUUCGGGCCUAACCUCGGGCCCUGGAUCGUCCUCCCUCAGCAGCUCAUCGUCCAGGUCGGCUGCGACAUUGUUUACAUGGUCACCGGCGGCAAAUGCCUCCAGAAAUUCUUCCAAAUCGUCUGCUCCACCCACUGCGCCCAAUUCCGACAGUCCUACUGGAUCUGCAUCUUCGGCGCCCUCCACUUCUUCCUCUCCCAGCUCCCGGACUUCAACUCCGUCUCCGCCGUCUCCCUCGCCGCCGCCCUCAUGUCCCUCUGCUAUUCGACGAUAGCGUGGGUGGGGUGCCUGAGCAAGGGUCGGGGGAGCGAGGUGAGCUACGGGUACAAGAAGACGAGCGGCGGGGACUACAUGUUCAGAGUGUUUAAUGCGUUGGGGCAGAUCACGUUUGCCUACGCCGGCCAUGCGGUGGCGCUGGAGAUUCAGGCGACGAUUCCGUCGACGCCGGAGAAGCCGUCGAGGGUGGCGAUGUGGAAGGGGGCAGUUCUGGCCUACUUCAUCAAUGGCAUCUGCUACUUCCCUGUGGCCAUCAUAGGCUACUGGGCCUUCGGACACGACGUCGCCGACAAUGUCCUGGUGGCCCUCGAGAGGCCCGCCUGGCUCAUCGCCGCCGCCAAUCUCAUGGUCGUCGUUCAUGUCAUCGGAAGCUAUCAGGUCUACGCCAUGCCCGUUUUUGACAUUCUUGAGAGAUCUGUCGUCAAGAGAUGGAGCAUCCCGCCCGGCCUUAUGCUCAGGCUUCUUGUUCGAUCGUCUUACGUUGCUUUCACACUGUUUGUUGGUGUAACCUUCCCAUUUUUUGGGGACCUUCUUGGUUUCUUUGGCGGAUUUGGCUUUGCUCCUACUUCCUACUUCCUGCCAAGUGUGAUAUGGCUGAGGAUUAUGAAGCCAAAGAGAUUCAGUCGUUCAUGGAUCAUCAACUGGCUAUGCAUAUUCAUAGGAGUGUUCAUCAUGGUGGCAUCAACCAUUGGUGGGCUCAGGAAUAUUGUUGCUGAUUCCUCAACUUAUCAAUUUUAUUCCUAAAUAAAAUCCUACUAAACUCAGCUUUGUAAGAAAUGCUGUUCCGUACAACUGUAAUGUAAGCAAAGCAAUCACCAUCUGGAAAAAGCAUAUGUAAUAAAAAAAGACUUGCAAGCUAUAAAGGAUUUCUAGUUCAGCUACCAUUUUCACAAAACCUGGUUUGGUAACUAGACCCCACAAA